CUCUUUUAUACCGGAGAGUAUCGUCUACUCAAUUGACACGUUUUUCGUCGCCUUUGCGCCCUCACGCACAUAAUGUUCCUCCGGUCCGUUUCUCGGGCUGCUGCUCGCAGCUCUGCCAUGCCCAGCACGGCCACUCGCUCCUACCGCACUGUUCCUAGCCCAAUUGCUUGCCUGAACACUCGUCCUCAGCCUCAGCAGAAGUCCAUUGCUUCCCAGCAGACCCGCGCCUCUUCCGAGCACGCCAUCUCGAAUCCCACACUCGCCGGUAUCGAGAAGCGCUGGGAGGCCAUGCCUCCCCAGGAGCAGGCCGAACUGUGGAUGCAGCUGAGGGAUCGUAUGAAGGUUGACUGGCACCAGAUGACUCUGCAGGAGAAGAAGGCUGCCUACUGGAUUGCUUUCGGUCCUCACGGCCCCCGCGCGGCUCCUCCCAAGGGCGAGGGCAUGCGGAUUUUCUGGAAGGUCACUCAGCUGACCCUGGCCUCCUUCGCCGUCUUCUACGUGAUCCAUCUGUUCGCCAAGCCCAAGCCUAAGACCAUGUCCAAGGAGUGGCAGGAAGCCUCCAACGAGUACGCCAAGCGCGAGAACAUCAACCCUCUCUACGGUAUUAGCAGUGAGGGCUACGAGGGCAAGGGCUUCGUUCAGAGCCCUCCUGCCGAGAAGUAAAUUGAAGGAUAAGUAUCUGGGAGGAACAGGUGUGGCAUUCAGACACGCUGGGUAGGCAGUGCUGGAGUUGAGUGCCCGUCCCCUCGUCCUUUCUGUUGACCUUGGCUGCGUGCUUAGGUCCAUUGGACAAUUUUGACUUCGCCCUUGUCUUCCAAUCUUGACAAUUCGACUUUCGAAAAACCUUGUGUAUCUCGUACUGUGCAAUAAUCAAUGUAUCUCCUUUGUAGCCA